AUGUCAGACAAGACGAAAACGUUUUUUACGCCUGGCCAAAGAGAACAGAUGAAGCAACAAGGCAACAGCUCCAAGGAGGAGCGUCAAAAGAAGAAGGAAGAGAGGAAAGCGGAAGCCAAUAACCUAAUAACGAGAAACGUUGGCAAUGACUCGAGGGAGAGGCGAGACAAAGACAAAACGGAGAUCAUUGACGCUUAUGGAGACAGCAAGGAAGGGAAGAAAUAG